CUUCAGCUCCCACCCGACGAUCUCCCUUGGCUCCUAAUAUUCUGCCAUUUCUUACCUGUUCAACAACCCAACAUCUUCAAUCUUCAUUUCCUGAAAAGAACCCUUUAAAAACAAAGUCUUCAGAUACAAAAAGCUUUGCAUUUGGCUAACAUAUAUAGCUCGCUGUAGCUAAAGAUGCUGGACUGGUGCCGAGUAAGUUAUCGGGACCACCCGUUCCAGAGACCAAUGUGCCAUGCCAAGGUCACCCUACUCUGCCUCUUCAUGACCGCCAUCGUCCUACUUGGCACAAUUGGCGCUGGCAAGUUUGGCACUCAGGAGCAACACGUCAACUACCUCCGCAACAACUUCUACUCUUCUCGCAAGCGCGCCGAGCCACAGAAAGUUGUCACUGAAUUGACUCGCAACAACAGCAGGAAUGAUACGAACACCAAAAGCGAUGAUCCAAAUAGCUAUGCCUCAUUUGAUAUUAACAAGCUAUUAGUCGAUGAAGGCGAAGACGAUGAGAAUCCUGAUUCUGACAAGCCAUACAGUUUGGGGCCGAAGAUUUCAGAUUGGGACCAGAAGAGAGCUAAAUGGCUAGGUGAAAACCCGAAGUUUCCCAACUUUGUUGGGCCUGACAAACCGAGAGUUCUGUUAGUCACAGGAUCUUCACCGAAACCUUGCGAGAAUCGUGUCGGCGAUCAUUACCUGCUAAAAUCAAUUAAAAAUAAGAUUGAUUACUGCAGGCUUCACGGCAUCGACAUUUUUUACAACAUGGCUCUGCUUGACGCUGAAAUGGCCGGCUUUUGGGCUAAGCUGCCGUUAAUAAGGAAGCUGCUGGUUUCGCAGCCCGAGGUAGAAUUCUUGUGGUGGAUGGAUAGCGAUGCUAUGUUUACAGACAUGGCAUUUGAGGUGCCGUGGGAGAAGUACAAGGAUUAUAACCUUGUGAUGCACGGGUGGAAGGAGAUGGUUUAUGAUCAAAGGAAUUGGAUUGGACUGAACACAGGGAGUUUCUUCAUAAGGAACUGUCAAUGGUCAUUGGAUCUUUUAGACGCAUGGGCACCAAUGGGGCCUAAAGGGAAGAUUAGAGAUGAAGCAGGGAAAUUACUUGCCAAGGAGCUGAAAGGGAGGCCGGUUUUCGAAGCUGAUGAUCAGUCUGCAAUGGUAUAUUUGCUGGCUACACAGAGGGAUAAGUGGGCCGACAAAGUAUAUUUAGAGAAUGCUUAUUAUUUGCAUGGUUACUGGGAGAUCUUGGUUGACAGGUACGAGGAGAUGAUCGAGAAAUACCAUGCCGGUCUUGGUGAUGAUCGGUGGCCUCUUGUUACUCACUUCGUUGGAUGCAAACCUUGUGGGAAGGCGGGGGAUUAUCCGGUGGAGAGGUGCUUGAAGCAGAUGGACCGUGCUUUCAAUUUUGGAGAUGAUCAGAUUCUGCAGAUUUAUGGGUAUACUCAUACUUCACUGGCUGCUUGGAGGGUUAGGAAGAGCAGUAAUCCACUUUAAUUCAAGCUGUUUAGGGCAUCAAAACCAUUGCAAGAGAGGGUUCUGCUGAUGCUGCAUGUCCUUGCUUGCUUUCUAGCUGCUCGUGUUCUUCAUUUAAGAAUCUAUAGAAUGAAGAAGUUGUUGAAA